AUGGCUAAUCGGAAACCGGAAUUUCUUUCAUGCAAAUUACUGGAAUCCUCAGCCAACAUCACUGGGCUGCUAGAGACGAGCGAGGCUGGAGGGCGGCGUCGUAAGAGAAAAGCAUCAGUGGGAUCUCGAGGCGCAUCGACAUCAAGAUUUUCGGGCAGUGGCGCUCCAAAAAGCACGGUCAAGGUGGCCAGCCGGCACUACAGCGGGGCCGGCGGAGGUCGCACCAACUUCUACAUGUCGUCCGGCAGUCAGCCGAUGCCGUCCAGCUACUCGUACAGGACCACUGGCGGCUCGAUCAUCUACUUGGGAUCAGCGAGCCACUCCCAUGCCCACAUCGCCAAGGGAUCACAAUUUCCGACAAGUCACCAAAUCAUCAUCAGCCUUAUAGUCGACGAUUUGAACUAUCCGCUACAGCUUACCAUCUCCUUUGAUGCGCGAGUCAUCGAGCGAAACGCUAAAGUGAACGGAACCUGGGGAGAGCCGGAAAAGAAGGGCACAAUGCCCAUCGAUAAUUGGAGGAUAUUCUCGCUGACCGUCCUGAAUGUCAAUUCGACGUUCGAGAUCUAUUUCAACAACGAGCACUUUGCCCCCUUCACACAUCGGACCGCUAAAUUGCCGACGCGGAUUCGGAUAGAAGGAGAUGUUGAGGUGCACUCUGCCGCAUUGACGCCCUACAAAAGC